AUUAAGCAGAGAAUGUGUGAGGUAGCUAAUUGAGUAUACGAAGCUUCGCGGAAUUAUUUUUUUUAUUUAGUCGCGUGAGACGAAAUGAUCAAGUGUAGUGUAGAAUUUUUGUAACAGGGUGGGGAAGACGCGAUGUCGCGAUGACGUCGAUCUUGGUCAACUUCUUCGACUUCUUCCACACCAUGCGAGCCAUCCACUAUAAUUUCCUCCGUGUAGUUUAAUAUUGACUGUCGUCGCAACAGCAUUAACUUCCUCGUGGUUGUGAGCUUUCAUUCGGUCGUGGAGUGGGUCAAUUUUGUGAUUAUGAAAAAUUUGAUUACUUUACCACCCCAAUAGUUUGCAAGUAUGAUAAAGAGUGAUAAGACAAGGGACAGAGUAUUAGCUGCAAUUUAAUUUUGGAUUAUAUUGUCCACUUGAAAAGUUCAAAUUUCUAAUAAAAUGGAAAUGUACAGGAGAUGGUUACCACUUGUGGUCCUCAUAAUUUUCUCUCAAGUCUCAAAGACACAAAAUGUUGAAGAUAUCAAGUCAGAUGGCCAAGGAGAGGCGUCUGAGAAGCCCACGGAGUCUGAUCAUCAUGAAUUGCUUGAUGAAGAUCUUGCAGAGGGGAAUCCAAAAAUUCUUUCACGUCAGAAGAGACUUCUCUGGAUCACAGAUGAUGGACGUUUGGCACUACCACCUGGGACUUCUUUAACAAUCUCCCCCACAAUUGCUCUCCCCUUGAUUCGAUAUCCCCCUCCAGGAUUCUUCUCUAACAUCACAGUCAGCUUACCCCUUACAAUUGAUUUCGAUAAAUUGGGAUUGACGGACAAUGAGAAUCCUUUGGGUGUUCUGCCAAAUAUCUUUGCAAGAUCAAUGGGAAGGGCAACGGGAAUGCUGCUGUCCAACUAUAUUUCAUCCUACAUGAAGGGACGGAAGAAGAGACAGACCACCGAAGACAAGGCAUCGUCGCCCUUCCGUGUCACAAUGACACAGACUGAUGAUGAAGAGGCGCUUCCUGAACUUCCGGAGAAGCACAAAUAUGCCUUCCACGGGGGAGAACGAGCUAUUCUCUAUGUGAUCCUCGAGGAUUUCCUCACAACAUUCGGAAUGGAUGGGAAAGCCUGCAUUUUGAGGGCGAUAUGUGAAGUUCAUUCACGAAAACUUCACCAUUUUGGGCUCUUCGGGGAGGUUGUUAAGCUUUUUCUCACAGCUUCGAAGAGCCCCUUUGCACACCUGCUGGACGACUACGUGACAGCCCAGAAGAUUGGUGAGGGUACCCUGGGACCGGGUGAGUGCUUCCCGUACUACAAAAAAUGCCCCAGAAGCCUCUUCAGGAGUAGCAUAGAUCACAAAUACCAAAAUAAUGCGGAGGAGGAGGAGGAGACCAGUGAUGCUAAUGAAAUUCAUAACUCAGAUUUUAGUCAAUUCAACAUGAUGUAGCUCUUUUAUUUCAUUUUAUUCUCUCUUCUGUGGCCAUAUUGGCUACGAGAUGCGCACAUUUGUAUAGUCACGAUCGAAGGCCAUCAAUUCAUGUACAUUUUUCAUUAUCCUGUGUUUAAUAAAUUCAUCCCAGAAAUAAAGGAAGAAAAUCAGAAUGGAGAA